GGGAUGCGGGGCGGUGUCGCCGGAGGCGCUUUAAAGGCUCGGAGCCGGCGGGGGCGGCGUGGCGGCGGAAUGACCGAGGUGAAGGUGGCCGUGCUUGGCGGCAGCGGAGCCGGCAAAUCGGCGCUGGCCGUGCGCUUCCUGACCCGGCGCUUCAUCGGAGAGUACGCGUCCAACGCCGAAUGCAUCUAUACUAAACACUUGUGCCUGGAUGGGAGGCAGAUACACCUGGAAAUUUAUGAUCCCUGUUCACAGCCACAGCGGGGGAAGCUCUCCCUCACAGAUGAGCUCCACUGGGCUGAUGGGUUCAUCAUUGUUUACGACAUCAGCGACAGAGCAUCGUUUGCCUUUGCAAAAGCACUGCUGUACAGGCUCCGAGAGUCCCACAUAGGAGUUUGUAAAAAAAUGGUGGAGUCAUCAAUAUUUUUGGUUGGCAACAAACAGGAUUUAUGCCACAUGAGGGAAGUUGGCUGGGAUGAAGGACAGAAGCUGGCAGUAGAUAACAAGUGCCAAUUCUGUGAACUGUCUGCAGCAGAACAUUAUCAGGAAGUUGUGGCAAUGUUCACCAAAGUCCUGAGGAAUAUUACUUCCAAUUUCAAAGUGAAGGAAAAGAGACGACCAAGUGGAUCCAAGUCAAUGGCCAAGUUGAUCAACAAUGUGUUUGGAAAGAGAAGGAAAUCUGUGUAAGGGAUGGUUAGUCUUGGAGUUGGAACAAGCUGAAAUAAUGGAGCAGAGGCAGCUCUUGGGAUUCAGUGAAUUUCCUCCAAAGGUCAAUAUCUGGAGGUCUAAGACAGUAGAAACCAAAGGUGGGAGAGAGUAUGGUCAAGUGUAAGAUCUAGACCUAGAAGACCUGACCUUCUACUUUCAAGUUCUGCUACAGAUUUACUGUGUCUAGGGCUGUGCCACUUAAACUCUAAGCUGCUCCAGAGGAGAGAUGUAGUCUGUAUUUAUUCAACACCAACAUGGUCUUGGAUAGAGUUUCUAGGUGCAACUGAAGUAUAAACAGUUAUUUCACAGGAUCACUGAUAGURGAAAAGAUCCUUAAGAUCAUCAAGUCCAACCAUUAACCAAACAUUACCAAGCCCACCACUAAAAAAUGUCCCUAAGUGCCACACAGUUUCUAGCAAACUCAGCCUUGCUGAUCGAAAUAUUACUUCAGACUUCUGAAUAGGUUUUUUUUUUUGUGUGUGCAAGAACAUUUGCACUAAAGAAAAGCAAAACAUCGUGGCUUCAUGUGAUCAUGUAUUUUUAUUUAACUCAGAUAUUUGUGUGCCUUACACUUGUUGAAAUUCAUAUAAUUAAAUGCUUAGACAUCAAGUCUACAAAAAGGUAUUUAUCCACAAAGCUGCCUUGCAGAGGCACCAGAAGUAGGGAAGCAGAUACAUAAAGCAGUACUGUCUCCCAUUUCACUAUCUUUUAUUUUUUUCCCCAUGAGUGAUGAAGGGAAGUAGAGAGGGUUGAGGAGUGUGGGAACUGAAAUGUUAGUGAAAAGUUAGUCAGUGAGCAGUGGACUGUUUUUUCAAGGUCAUUGUUGAGUGAAAUAAUUCUACAGCAAGAGCCAGCAUGAGGCCUGGGUUGAUCCCUUUCACAGAACUGUUUUUGUAAGCUUUAACAAAAGUUUCAUUACCUGUAAGGUGGAUGUGACUGUUCAGUUUUAGAUGGGCGAAGAAGCUUGGAAAGCACAUGGACUGGUAAAGAGCACAAGUUCUUUAGGAUGUCUGCCUGGAUUUAAAGGUCAGCCUGCUGGUAAAACCUGUGCUCACAGAGAAUGUUUUUCCUAAUAACCAAUGUCCUUACAACUAGUCAUCGCUGUGGUAUUGAAAUGCCACUUCAGAGAGCACUAAGAAAUGUUAGCUACACUUUCCAGAUGUGGGUAUUAAACAUCAGAUGGGUCUAAAUAUGUUGUCAGUUAACAUUCAGAGCUCUUACUUCAGACAACUAAAUAAGGGCUUAGCCCAGUGUGUCUGAAAGUGCUGUGCUCAUGCAGAAAUUAUGAAAGGGAAAAGAGGUGAUCUGAAGAUGACUCACUGCCUCCUACACAUUCCAAGGGGCAGCUGAGAUUCAGUCUUUGUAAGAUGCUCUGUUGAAGCCUACCUCUGCUCUGAAAUUUUACUUGCAUUGAAACUAGAAGGGUUACUUUCAGAUUUUGAGUGUUUACCCAUAAUGCAACAUUGAGAAGUCCCAUAAUCUUAGAAGUACAGUUGUAAAAUAGUAUGAAAGCACUAUUAUUAUGUUGACCAAAGAUCACAUUCCUUUCUUAAGCAAAAAGAUAUUGUUUAUUUCACUUGUUAUAAGACUACACAUAUUGGAACAUAGUUCUCAGCUGACAGGCACAGGGUUGCUUUGUUUUCCUGCAAAUGCUGCUCUGCCAUAUCAGGAGCAUUAUUUUUUUAACUGUAUGGUCAGUAUCUAUAAGCCUGAACGUGAGGAUUACUCAUGUACACCCUUCAGCUUUGCAGCACACACAGGAUUCCAGAACUACCAAAAGACUGCUGUAGCUGUAUCUUGUUAGAUCUAGCAUUGCCAGAUUCCAGAACUCUUAUUUGUAUUUACUGCUCUGGUAUUAAAUAAACUGGAUAUAAGAUGGAUGCAUUAAUGUGC